AUCAUCAUUCAAACAAAAAAACCAAACCCAUUCUUGUUUUCUAUCUCUCUCUAACUUAAUCUCCUCAUCUCCUCCAUAAAGAUUCUUGCUUUUUCCCCUCAAAACCCUAAACUCCACCUCUAAUCUCAGCCCUUUAAAUAGGAGUAAAAACUAAACACUCUUCACUCACAACACAAGCAAAAAUUAAAAUCAGUGCAUAAUCAUUUUGAUUUGAUGGCGCUAAGCAAUUCCGCAGCAGUCAAAACCCCCGAUGCUGAAUCCGAGACCCCGACCCGGAUCCAACCCGGGAGCAACGGCGUGCUGAAGCGCCACGCCGUCGUGGUCACCUUCAGGGAAUGCAUGAGGAACCACGCGGCCGGCCUCGGCGUCCACGCCGUCGACGGCUGCGGCGAAUUCAUGCCUUCCUUCACCGAUCCGGACUCGCUGAAAUGCGCGGCGUGCGACUGCCACCGCAACUUCCACCGCCGCGACCCCCCGGAGGAGCCGGUCAUCGAGUUCCACCCCCACCACCGCCACCUCCCCCUCCCGCCGCGCCUCAGCAGCGCCAGCCCCGACAAUUCCCCGUCGCCGCCGCCGAUCUCCUCCGCCUACUACCCCUCGGCGCCGCACAUGCUGCUGGCCCUCAGCCACGGCCAGCCCGUCGGCGGCGGAGGGCAGAAUCCGGGCUCAGGCAGCCGCAAGAGGUUCCGCACAAAGUUCACCCAGGAACAGAAGGAGAAAAUGCUGGAAUUCGCUGAGGGAGUCGGGUGGAAAUUGCAGAAGAAAGAUGAGGAUUUGAUCAGGGAAUUCUGCAGCGAGGUUGGAUUGGAGAGAGGGGUUCUGAAGGUGUGGAUGCAUAACAACAAGAAGAAUCGUCGAUCUGCUUCGCCGGCCGCGGCCAAUGACGGCGGUGGAAGUGGAAGUGGAACUGGUGAAGAGAGUGACAGCAAAGAGGAUGCUCAGCUGGAGGAGGUCAGCCACCACCACAACCAUGAUGGAUCGUCUUCUUCUUGAAUGGAAUUGAAUCUCUUGGUUGAGAUUAAUAAUUGGUUUAAAUUAAAAUAAAACAGGUUUUAGAUAGUUGAGGAAAGAUAAAUUGAAAUUUCGGCUGGAAUUUGAGGGAGUAGUUCUGCUUCUUAGAUUCAUACCUUGAUUAAACUUUGUUUUGCUUAGCUAUGAUGAUUAGCCUUUAUCAAAUAUGUGGGAAACAUAUAUUUGAUUAUUUACAGUGACAUUUAUCUAAAUUGGUCUUCGCGUUAA